AAAGGCAUAUCUAUAAAACGCAUGUAAAGCUCAUUUUCUAUUCAAAAAGAGCAUGAUAAUCAAUAUAUUUCUUUGCUUGUUGGGGUGUUUGACGGUGAAUGCAGUACGAAUAAAGCUUGGGGAUGUUGUUCAAGAAAUCACAGAACCCACUUCGGUUCAAGUUUCAAAUAUAAACUGUUCAGACAACGGAGCACUUGUCUUCCGAGGAGGUGAUCCAACUAGAUUUUUUGGUUCACGAUGUCUUCCUCCGCCAGGAACUGUAAAACAAUGUGCAGUUUUCAACGCUGGUGCACUUGAAGCGUUUGUGUGUCCACAGAAAAGCUACCUCAAUGGACUCAGCUCUGAAGGAGGACAGAGAGGGCUCAUAUGCUGUUCAGUGUUUGGAAUUUCCUACAAUGACAAAGAAUGUGGAAGAUGGUUUCGAACGCAACAAAACUUUGUAUCACCAUUUGGGACCGGAUAUUUAGUUACCGGAAGUCAACCAAUUCCAGACGGAAUGGGAGGUUAUCUUGGUUUUGUCAUCAGGGAAUGCCUAUACAGAAAAAGUCACGACAAGUUUAAUUAUCACAAACAUAUCUAUUUUUCGAAAUAA